CGGCCUUCUCUGGGUCUUCGGAAAGCUGCAGCCGAGGGGGCGUUUCUGAACUGCAGGGGCGGGCAAAUACCACGCCUCUCCCUCUCCACCUCUUCUGGGUGGGUGCCUGGGCUGGGAGCAAGAACUGAGGCUGAGCUUGCAGCCAGGUGCGAGCACGUGGGUGUCUCGGCUCGGAGACAGACUGUGUCGCGUGGUAGGUCUACCCGCUUCCAUCCAACGGCACCUUCGGCCUCGCCUCGCCCCUUCACCAAGCUGCGGACGGCGGCAGCCGAGUCACCCCUUUGUCUCGCCGCUCGCACGCGUCCGCUGCACCCGGCUCCCGGCAGAUCCUGCAGCGGCGCGUAGCUGGCGGCCCCGAGGCGGACCCGGGAGGCGGCGCGGCCUGGGAGGCGGGCCGCAGGCGUUCCACUCCCGGAAGCGAGUGAUUCUUGGGCUCCUGCAGGCGGACCCCCGGGCCAGCCAGAGGUCCAGCAUCUCCGCCAACCCUUCCGGGAGCAGCGUGAGCGGCACCGCCGCGGGAGCUGUGCGACCCCGGCCCGCACCCGUCUUGGCCGUCAGGAUGCUGCCGGUGUACCCGGAGGUGAAGCCCAACCCGCUUCGGGACGCGAACGUCUGCUCGCGCGUGUUGUUCUGCUGGCUAAACCCCCUGUUUCGAGUUGGCUACAAGCGGAGGUUAGAGGAAGAUGACAUGUACUCGGUGCUUCCAGAAGAUCGCUCCGCGCACCUUGGAGAAGAGCUGCGAGGGUACUGGGAUCAAGAAGUUUCGAGAGCUGAGAAAGACGCACGGGAGCCUUCUUUAAUAAAAGCCAUCAUCAAGUGUUACUGGAAACCCUAUUUAGUUUUGGGAAUUUUUACGUUUCUUGAGGAAAGCACCAAAGUAGUUCAGCCCAUAUUUUUGGGGAAAAUUAUUGCUUAUUUUGAAAACUACGAUCCUACUGAUUCUGUGGCUUUGUACGAAACCUAUGGCUACGCCGGCGGGCUGAGCACCUGUGUGCUGCUUUUGGCCAUCCUGCACCACUUAUACUUCUAUCACGUUCAGUGUGCGGGCAUGAGAUUAAGAGUCGCCAUGUGCCACAUGAUUUAUCGGAAGGCCCUUCGCCUGAGCAACUUGGCCAUGGGGAAGACGACCACGGGCCAGAUAGUCAAUCUGCUGUCCAACGAUGUGAACAAGUUUGACCAGGUAACGGUAUUCCUACACUUUCUGUGGGCGGGACCACUGCAAGCUCUCAUAGUGACUGCCCUGCUCUGGAUGGAAAUAGGAAUAUCGUGUCUUGCUGGAAUGGCAGUUCUAAUUAUUCUUCUGCCUUUGCAAAGCUGCUUGGGGAAGUUGUUUUCCUCACUCCGGAGUAAGACCGCAGCUUACACAGAUGUCAGGAUCAGGACCAUGAAUGAAGUUAUAACUGGCAUCAGAAUAAUAAAAAUGUAUGCUUGGGAAAAGUCAUUUGCAGACCUUAUUGCCAGAUUGAGAAGCAAGGAAAUUUCCAAGAUUCUGAGAAGUUCUUACCUUAGAGGAAUGAAUUUGGCAUCGUUUUUUGUUGCGAGCAAAAUCAUCGUUUUUAUCACGUUCACCACCUACGUGCUGCUUGGCAACGUGAUCACAGCCCGCCGCGUGUUUGUGGCCGUGACCCUGUAUGCCGCUGUGAGGUUGACAGUCACCCUCUUCUUCCCUUCAGCCGUUGAGAAGGUGUCAGAAGCAAUCGUCAGCAUCCGAAGAAUCAAGGAUUUUUUGUUACUUGAUGAGAUCCCACAGUGCAACUCUCAACUGCCGCCUGAUGGUAAAACAAUAGUACACGUGCAAGAUUUUACCGCUUUUUGGGAAAAGGCAUCCGAAACCCCAACCCUCCAAGGCCUUUCCUUUACUGUCAGACCCGGGGAACUGUUAGCUGUGGUCGGACCUGUGGGAGCAGGAAAGUCGUCACUGUUGAGUGCGGUCCUGGGGGAGCUGCGGCCAAGCCAGGGCCUGGUCACUGUGCGUGGAAGGAUUGCGUAUGUUUCUCAGCAGCCCUGGGUGUUUUCAGGAACUGUGAGGAGUAAUAUUUUAUUUGGGAAGACAUAUGAAAAAGAACGAUAUGAAAAAGUCAUAAAGGCUUGUGCUUUGAGAAAGGAUUUGCAGCUUUUAGAGGAUGGGGACCUAACUGUGAUCGGAGACCGGGGAACCACGCUGAGCGGAGGGCAGAAAGCCCGCAUCAGCCUGGCAAGAGCCGUGUAUCAGGACGCGGACAUCUACCUCCUGGACGACCCGCUCAGUGCCGUUGAUGCAGAAGUCAGCAGGCAUCUGUUUGAGCUGUGUAUUUGUCAAGCCUUGCACGAGAAGAUCACAAUCUUAGUGACUCAUCAGCUGCAGUACCUAAAGGCUGCAAGUCAGAUUCUGAUACUGAAAGAUGGCAAAACAGUGGAAAAGGGGACUUACACUGAGUUCCUGAAAUCUGGGAUAGAUUUUGGCUCCCUUUUAAAGAAAGAGAAUGAGGAGGCUGAACCCUCUCCAAUGCCAGGAACCCCCACUCUCAGGAAUCGGACCUUUUCUGAAUCUUCGAUUUGGUCUCAGCAGUCUUCCAGACCCUCGUUGAAAGAUGCCACUCCAGAGGGCCAAGAUACUGAGAACAUACAGGUUGCACUACCAGAAGAGAGCCGUUCGGAAGGAGAAGUUGGUUUUAAGGCAUACAAGAAUUACUUCACAGCUGGCGCUCACUGGUUUAUCAUCAUUUUCCUUAUUCUAGUAAAUGUCGCAGCUCAGGUGUCCUACGUCCUUCAGGAUUGGUGGCUUUCGUACUGGGCAAAUAAACAGAGUUCCCUGAAUGUCACUGUAGUUGGAAAUGGAACCGAAACUCAGAAGCUUGAUCUGAAUUGGUACUUAGGAAUUUAUUCAGGUUUAACUGUAUCUACUGUCCUUUUUGGCAUUGCAAGAUCUCUGUUGGUGUUCUAUGUCCUUGUUAGUUCUUCACAAAGUUUGCACAACAAAAUGUUCGAGUCCAUUUUGAGAGCUCCGAUCUUGUUCUUCGAUAGAAAUCCAAUAGGAAGGAUUUUAAAUCGUUUCUCCAAAGACAUUGGGCAUAUGGAUGACUUGCUGCCCCUGACGUUUCUUGAUUUCAUCCAGACAUUUCUACAAGUGAUGGGUGUGGUGGGAGUCGCGGUGGCGGUGAUUCCUUGGAUUGCGAUUCCUCUGAUUCCCCUUGGCAUCAUUUUCUUUGUUCUUCGGAGAUAUUUCUUACAGACAUCACGAGAUGUGAAACGCCUGGAAGCUACAACACGGAGCCCGGUGUUUUCGCACUUAUCGUCUUCUCUCCAGGGACUCUGGACCAUCCGGGCGUUCAAAGCUGAACAGAGGUUUCAGGAGCUGUUCGACGCUCACCAGGAUUUGCACUCAGAGGCCUGGUUCUUGUUUCUGACCACGUCCCGAUGGUUCGCCGUGCGUCUGGAUGCCAUCUGUGCCAUGUUUGUCAUUGUUGUUGCCUUCGGGUCCCUGAUUCUGUCAAAAACUUUGGAUGCCGGGCAGGUGGGCCUGGCGCUGUCCUACGCCCUCUCGCUCAUGGGCAUGUUCCAGUGGUGCGUCAGGCAAAGCGCCGAAGUGGAGAACAUGAUGAUUUCAGUAGAAAGAGUGAUUGAAUAUACAGACCUGGAAAAAGAAGCCCCCUGGGAGUACCAGAAACGCCCACCACCGACCUGGCCCCAUGAAGGAGUGAUUGUCUUUGAUAAUGUGAACUUUUCCUACAGCUUAGAUGGACCUCUGGUAUUGAAGCACCUGACAGCACUCAUCAAAUCAAGAGAAAAGGUUGGCAUUGUGGGAAGAACAGGAGCUGGAAAAAGUUCCCUUAUCUCUGCCCUUUUUAGAUUGUCAGAACCUGAAGGUAAAAUCUGGAUUGAUAAGAUCUUGACAACUGAAAUUGGACUUCAUGAUUUAAGGAAGAAAAUGUCAAUCAUACCUCAGGAACCUGUCUUAUUCACUGGAACAAUGAGGAAAAAUCUGGAUCCCUUUAAUGAACAUACAGAUGAGGAACUGUGGGAUGCCUUAAAAGAGGUACAGCUUAAAGAAGCCGUCGAAGAUCUUCCUGGUAAAAUGGACACUGAAUUAGCAGAAUCAGGAUCGAACUUUAGUGUUGGCCAGAGACAGCUGGUGUGCCUCGCCAGGGCUAUUCUCAGGAAAAAUCGGAUACUGAUUAUUGACGAAGCCACAGCAAAUGUGGAUCCAAGAACUGAUGAGUUAAUACAAAAAAAAAUCCGUGAGAAAUUUGCCCAGUGCACUGUGCUAACCAUUGCACACAGGUUGAACACCGUUAUUGACAGCGACAAGAUAAUGGUUUUGGAUGCGGGGAGACUGAAAGAAUAUGAUGAGCCAUAUGUUUUGCUGCAAAAUAGAGACAGCCUAUUUUACAAGAUGGUGCAACAACUGGGCAAGGCUGAGGCCGCUGCCCUCACUGAAACAGCAAAACAGGUGUAUUUCAAGAGGAAUUAUCCAGAUAUCACUCAGAAUGGCCCCGUGGUAAUGAACGCUUCCAAUGGACAGCCCUCAGCCUUCACAGUUUUUGAGACAGCCCUGUGAUCCUGCCAGAACGUCACGUCUACUCCAAAGGCAUAGUCUCCGAUAGUUUUUGCACUGUGUAAACUACAUUUUACUUUUUCUACACUAGCAACACAUAUUUCACGUACAAGAUGUUAGUUUACUUGGAUUUUUUUCCAGCUUCACCCGUUGAUUUCAAGCUCUCUCACAAAGUGAUGCAUUGUUUUUAUUUGUAUGUUACACUUUUUUGUUCUCAUCCAACUCAGAGGUGCAGGCCACCAGUACAGCUGUCUACCAGGUUUUGUGCCUUAAUAGACUCCAGAGCCAAAGCUCAUUUUUUCUAAGAUAUAUGACAGAGUUGUCACAGAAGUUUUUUUACUCCCCUCCCCCAAUUACAUACUACUUUCUGGUUAUAUCAGGGAUUCUAUUUACUUGAAGACUGUGUGAAGUUGGCAUUGGUGUCUCACCACCUCCUUUAACCUAACUGGGAUCCGCCAUUCCCCACCAAAGACCUCUGGUUAAAAUCGUACAGAUAAAAACUAGUAGGAAAAGCAAAAAAGACACUUUAGUUCAAGUGGCAUUAUCAUGGUGAGACCCCCCCCCCAAAAAAGAUAAAUGGUUAAAACCCAGGAGGACAGUAUUUAAUGAUAUGUUCUAAUAGAAAUGGGAGAGAAAAUACUGUUUUCUCAGAGUAGGAGUCCUUCUAGGGGGGUCGUAAUGAAGGCCUCGGGUGUGAUCACGGGUCGUCUGCUAGGUUUCAUGGCUCUGACGCGAGAACUGUUUAGUUAGCAAGUGACAGUUUUAGUCUCAGCUCGGUGAUAUUGUCAAAAGGCCAAGCCAGUAACUCUAAUUCCCGAAUAUGUCACGGUGGUUUUGUUGGGAUUUCCGAUUUCCUGACAGCUGGCCUUCUGAUCAACCCUAAAUCUUUUGGGUUUCGCCUUCACUGAAAUCCUUCCUCAAUCGCAGGCAUAGGCUCUCCUGACUUGGUGAGAAAGACAGAAGGUCGUUGCAGGUGUCGACUGUAAG